AUAGUUACCUUUGACAUUACCAAACAACUCUCUUUACAAAACUUCUUUAGUAUUCUAUUCCGUUCUAUCGCUCCGAUUAUACAAAAUGGAUCCUUCUACUGGACCCGCCAAUCAUGACCCGCCGGGCAACGAUCUGACAGCGGCGAACGAGGAGGAGGAGUCAUUAUGUCCAACAGUGCUCGACCUCACGAGUUUCCAACUCCACGAUCUUGAAUCGGUGGAGAUUCCGCCGAGUCUCACGGAGUUAGACUUGACGGCAAACCGUCUGUCGACGUUAGACCCCCGCAUCUCCCAACUCUCCAAUCUCAAAAAGCUUUCUCUUCGUCAGAACCUUUUUAACGAUGACGGAGUCCAGCCUCUCUCCACGUGUCACGUCGUUUGCGCCCUCGAAGAGCUAAUUCUCCGGGAUAAUCAGCUGAAGAAAAUUCCUGAUGUUAGCAUAUUCAAACAGCUUCUCGUGUUUGAUGUUUCUUUCAACGAGAUCUCAUCUCUUAAUGGACUGUCCAAGGUCUCCAGCAACCUUAAAGAGCUCUAUGUUUCUAAAAAUGAAGUUACAAAGAUGGAGGAGAUUGAACACUUUCCUUUACUGCAAAUUCUUGAGCUUGGAUCAAACAGAUUACGGGUAAUGGAGAACCUUCAAAACUUAACAAGCUUGCUAGAGCUAUGGCUUGGACGGAAUCGUAUCCGAGCUAUUAAUCUUUGUGGGUUGAAAUGCAUUAAGAAGCUUAGCCUGCAGAGUAAUCGUUUAACUUCCAUGACAGGAUUGGAGGAGUGUGUUGCAUUAGAAGAACUAUACUUGAGCCAUAAUGGUAUAGCAAAAAUGGAAGGCCUAUCAACACUAGUUAAUCUCAGGCUGUUGGAUGUGUCGGCUAACAAGCUUACAGAAAUUAAUGACAUCCAUAAAUUAGAACGGUUAGAAGAUCUAUGGCUUAAUGACAACCAAAUAACUUCACUAGAAGGAAUAGAAGAGGCAGUUGCCGGUUCCAGAGAGAAGCUCACUACCAUCUACCUUGAGCGCAAUUUAUGUGCUAAAUCUCCAAAUUAUAUUGCCACUUUGAAACAAAUCUUCCCCAAUGUUGAGCAGAUCGAUUCAGAAGUUUUUGCAUAGUAUAUCUGAUUUGACGUAUGGACGAAUUUUGGAAUGAACUCAUACAAAGAGAGGAAUCAUGAUGCUGACACUGGAUAAUUCUCAAGCUAAAUAUCCUUAUUUUAUGUCUACUAUAAAUCUGAUUUAUAGCCCAGUCUAGUAAUUCCCUGAGGCUACAUUGGAGAAGUUUUGAACUUUUUCAGGCGCAGACUUGCAUUCGAAAACUAUAUACAACUUUCUCAUGCAAUCAUUUAUAAUUCUUACAUUCCAGUAUUAUUUAUUUGAAGAGUUAUCGUAUACCAAAAAACUGAUGUCUUGUUUCUUAAGUGGGGAUUUAAAGCAUUUUAGGAUUAAGGAAGCA